UGAAGGCUUGCUUGCCCAAUGCACAAGGGAUUAUUGAUUCAGAAGAAGAUGAUACUUUUCUCUGGUAUCCGGAGCCUGGCCGUGGUAGUGGGAACUUCUCUACUAGCGCGACUUGGAGAGCCCUUCAUCACAAUCCUUUAGAGGUGUGCUGGCAUAAGGUGGUGUGGUUCGCAGGUCGAGUACCUAAACAUGCCUUUAUUACAUGGAUUGCAGCUAGAGACAGAAUGGUUACAAGAGAUAAACUAAUUCGGUGGGGAUUGAGAGUUCCAGCGAGCUGUGUCCUAUGCCCCUCUCAUGAGGAAUCUCGAAAUCACCUGUUUUUUUAUUGUACCUUCAGCAGUCAGGUUUGGACGUUUUUCACUUCUCGCUUACACCUCUCACCCCCACAGGGGUUCGAGGCAAUUCUGAGAUGGCUUAAUGCUCCCUCUAGAGAUCCUAGUAUUACGUUGAUCGUGAGACUUAUCUUCCAAGCCGUCUUAUACUUGGUCUGGAAAGAGAGAAAUAGUAGAGUUCAUGGAGGUGUGGAGAAACCUCAUAGUGCGAUUGUAGCUGAAGUCCAGCAGAUCAUCAGGUUCAGACUAGAUCCUUUGGCUCGUCGACAGGUACUAGCGUCAGGGCAGUCGUCAGUGCUUGCAGUUUGGUUCUCCUUCUUCGAUGGGUGAUGCUGGUUUUGUUACUCGAGGAGUGUCUUGGUGGUAAGUUUGUUGAGUGGCUGUAGAGCUGCUCUUUUUUCUUAGCUUUAUGUUCGGUUUCUUUGUAAUAAGUUUUUUUAUUAAUAAAUGGAAAUUUAAAAAAAAAAAAAAAAAAAAAAGAAUAACAUGUUUAUUUAUUUUAAUAUCGCCACAUCGAGUUUGAUCAUCUAUUGUGCAUUUAAGAUAUAUUUCCUAAGUAUAUGAGAUUUUGUAAAAUAUAUAGGAUGAACUGCAGGUAGAAAUGCAUAAUAAAUCUCUUAAAUAUUUGUCUAUUGUUCAGAUAUAUUCUGAUGAUGAGACGGUUCUUGAAGCUGCUUCUCGUGAAGUAAUGGAAGAAACAAGACGGGAGUUAAAGGAAUAACACGAGUAUGUUUUCUGUGCCAGCAUAGAUACUUAAUCACAAGUAGAGAAAGUUCUUGUAUAGAUUAGAUUGGAUUAUCUUUUAGUGUUUGACUGUUUUAUACAAAAUCAAUUGAGUUAGGAAAUUUAGAUUGGAUUGUCUUUUGAUGUCCUCCUAUUGUUUAUGUAAUGCAUAUUUUGAACUACUUGAUUCCACUGUUUUUAAUUAACAAACUUUAAUUAUAAUUGUUUUUCAUUUACAAUUAAUUAUUUGUUUAUAAAUUCAAAUAUAAAUUUUAAUUUUAAUUUUUGUAAAAUAAAAUAAUAAAUAUCAUUGCAGUCCCAAAGUAGUUGCUAAUAUUUGCAACGACUGUGUAACUCCAAAUACCAAUGUAGCUGCAUAUGAGUCGCACUUUUUUGCCACUACUUUAUCACUAAUGAACUAAAAAACCCAACUACGUUGUCGUAUCAUAUGGAAAUUGUAACAAUUUAUGAGUUCCAAUGUAGUUAUACAUUACUCACAAAAUUAGCUACUUAUUGUGAAGUCUCACAGUAGUGCUAAUUGGCAACCAAUUUGCGACGAACUUUUUUUUACUUCAACCCGUAGUUGCAAAAAGGUAACAAAAGUCAUAUUUGUGACUAUUUUGUCACUAUAUAUGUAGUGGCAAAAUGAAUGUUUUUUUGUAGUGUAUAUAGCUUUAAAAUAUCUUUUUAUUAGUAUAGAUUUUCCGUAUACAGGAUCAUCUGACCCAAAAUGAUAAGAAUUAUACCCGGGACUAAUCAUGGUUUGGUUCUUAAAAACCGAGCCAAAUCGUUCUACGACCUUAUCUUUGUUCCGUUUAGAUUUUCCUAUGGCUAAACAAUUAACAAUAACAAAAAAAUCUUUAUAUAUAAAGAAGGGUUUCCUUCACUCAUAGGGAGUCCACGUCAGCUGCCACCUAGGAAAGUUACCUCAUGUCCAUGCGACACGUGUCCGAUAGAUGAAACUCACCGUUUCAUUUAAACGGUUUGAUGGGCUUCAGCUUUGAUGGGCUUCAGCAAGGCAUCUCGCGACUCCUCAUGUCAUCUCUGUGGCGGCUCCGCGAUUGCCUCCCUCCGUUGCCGAGACCAAGCUUCCUUCGCAACCGUAAGCCACGUUAUCUCCUAGCUCUCAAAGUCGUCGAUCUCACUUCCAAUUGCAGAAGAUCUCAAGCCGCGGCAGCCAAUCUCACUUCUAUUUUCGUCUGAAGGGUUGAUGGUUGACCGUCUCCGACUCUUCACUUCGUCGUCACCAUUUCGACUCUCUAUAAUUCGUCGUUACCGCGACCCACUUUGAUUAAUCAAUUAUCUUCUUUACUCCUUUCGUCUCCUUUUAUAUCAGAAUUAUGCUUUAUGGUUUGAAUCCAGUGGUUUAUUAUUUUUAUUUUUGUUUGUAAUUGUUUUCAGGAACCACUCAUUCCAGCCAGAAACAUCCGGAUACUCUGUUCACGUAGCUAUGUUCACAAGAAGUUGCUUAGCAGAGGAUGAUACUCUGAUCACGCAGCUAUUCGUAAAACGGAGAUAGUGAAAUUGAGGAGACAAUCAGAGAGAUGGAAGCAACAGAGAUGGAAGCAACGAUGAAAUGAAAUAAUUUGAGCAAAAAUGUUCUACUUGAGGCAUGUAUGCACAAAGUGACAGAAGAGUCAGAAAAACGUGGAGCAGUUUGGUCUGAAAAGUGGCCAGAGUAGAGAUUGUUCAUCAGUGGGUUGAAGACACAUAUGGAAAUCAGCACAAGAGGAUUUCACAGCAGACAUGAUUGUUGAAAAACUAUUGUUUCAGUCAUACUUCAAGGGUGAAGGAAUUGAUUGGUGGUAUGUGAGAAACGUUAUGGAUUGAGAGCUAUAUAUGGAGGUUUUAUUGCUGCAUUGAAGGAUCUGAGACAGUGAGACUCUGUGUGAUUAAUGUACUUUCCUCAAACUUACGACCUUCAUGAUGAUUCAUCAAUUCUCUGCACUGAAGAAGAGGUGCAGCUUGGUGUCUGUAAUAGUUGAAGUGGACCGAAUUCUUAGACCACAAGGAACAUUUAUAGUAAAUGAUGGCAUGGAAAAGAUAGGAGAAAUUGAGAAGAUGAUGGAAUCACUGAAAUGGAAUGUAAGAAUGACACAUUCCAGAUAUGGAGAAGGAGUGAUCUCUGUUCAGAAGUCAUGGUGGCGUCCUACAGAGGUCGAGACCAUUACAUCGGCCAUAGAAAGUGAAAGAGAAUUGGUUUAAUAUAGUUUAAUGAGAAUGUUUCUUUUAUGAUCACGUUGAUUGUUUACAUUGUAUUAGGCCAAUAUGUGUAUCCUUUUUUACAUUGACGAAAUUGUAUACAAGACAUUGUCCCUAUAAUGUAAGCUUUUUAUAAGUUUUUAAUUUGGUCCUAAACACCCGUGGAAUAUUUAUACUACUGCAGCAAACUUAUAUAGACUGUCUAUUUGAACUAUAGGUUUAUGAUGAACUCAUGUUAAUUACAUCACCAAAAAACUCUCAAUAGAAAAAUAAACUAGAGCAAAAAGAAUUAUUAAAUUAAAAAAAUUGUAACAAAUUUAAAAUAUAACUUAUUAAAUUCAAUAAGCAAAUAUAGUAAAAUUGUUACUAUAAGAAAUAACUUAUAAAAUAAAUUCAAUGUAAAUUCUUAUACCAAAAAUUAAUCAAUAAAUCUUAUAUUAAAAAUUAUAAUUAGUUAUUCAGAUAACAUGGUUUUGUUUGGUGUCCAAAUAUAAUAGCAUAUAAAAAAUUCAAAUAAAUAUCUAUAUUAUUAAGUAGUAACAAUUGAUAUUAGGUUUUCAUGCUACCUACCUUAAAAUAAUUUUUUUGUUAUAGGAAAAUAACAAAACAAUUUUACAAAAAAUUAUAUAUCAAAAAUAAAUUCUAUUGUAUAUAACUUAUAGAAAAAUGAUAAAAUAAAUAGUGAAAGUUGUUAUAAAAAUAGUGAAAUUAAUGUCACAUAUAAUUGAAAAUGAAUUAAAUAUUUUUAAAAUUACAUGAAAGUGGUUUUAAGGGUAACAUAAGUAUUGUGAACACAAAAUGUAGGGUUAGUUUAUUUAAUUAAAUUUGAAUUUUUUACAAAACAAUAAAAUAAAAAUAUCAACCAUAAUUUAAUACAAAAAUGAAACUAAUAUAUAUACUUGCAUAGUCCAACAGAAGACAUAAUGUAAAGUACCUAUAACUAAAUAAGUAACAGAAAUAAAAUUACAUAACUUAUACUAAAACCAACAGAUUAAUAUAUAUAUAUAUAUAUAUAUAUAUAUAUAUAAUAAAUAUAGACACUUUUUCAUCGAUAAUCACAACAAUUACAUUAGAAAAUUUAUUCACCUAACGAAACUAACUUUGUGUCUUUUACAGUAAACGAGUUCAACAAAAAAGAAUGAUAAAUUUUUUCAAGAAAAUUAUAAAAUAACAUUUCAUACAUUAAUUAGAAUAAAAUAAUUUAAACUAAAAACAAAUGUUAAGCAAAAUCUAAUAGAGAAACUUCCCGCAAGUGGAAGAUGAUGAGUCCAUGUAAAUAUUACAUAACCAUUAUUAAAAUAGGAGAUCUCCAUUAUACAAAUGUACUAUUUGUAUUGACAAUUGAUAAAAUUAGAGAGAUGGAGAUGCUCUUAAUACGAAACAAUUUGGUUUUGGUUCGUACUCUAUUAUAUGUUCGCUUCAGUUUCAAAUGUAUUUUGUUAAAAAAAUUGUAGAAUCAGUGAAGUUAUUGCUUUAGUCGAUAAUGUUUGGCAAUAAAAUUAUUAAAAUGAUAACAUGGAGAUUCAUUAUAUAUAUCAACACAUAAAAAUAAACAAUAUAUAUAGUAGAAAGUCUAUAAAUUAAUACUCGGCAAAUGAAUAGACACAAUAAUUAAAAAAAUUUAGUUAUUUUCAAUUGGACAUAUGUAAAAUAUAACUGAAUUCGAUAAAAUAAUAAUAACAUAACUUUUAUAUAUAUAAAUUUUAUAUAAACAUAAACAAAUCAUCUUUUAAAAAAUGAAUUAAUCUUUCUUUCUGUUUAAAGAAUUUCACUAUUAUGAUGUUUUUAUUGAAUUACAAAAAAAAUACAUUUAUAUACUAUCAUCAAAUUCAACACACAUUAUAUAUCAAAUAACUUAAAUAAGUAGAUAAAAUUUAACUAACAUAUAGUAUCAUAUAGUUAUUUUUUUUGGAAGACAAAAAUAACUAUUGUAAACAAACAAAAUAUAUCUUAUCACAUAUCAAUAUCUCACCUAAAACUUCCUGAAAGACAAAAAUCAUUAUCAUACACAUUUCUUGCAAAUGCAAAUCUAAAAUACAAAUCACAAAAUCAUACAAAUAAUAAUAACCUAGAUCACAAGUAAAACAUAUCCCGCCCGUAGGGCGGACCGACCCUAGUAGGUUAUAUAAUGUUCAUGUCGAAAAUAGAGCUUUUGUUUUCUUCCCAUGGCUACUUGACUAUAUCUGGAAAGCAUAAAACGACAAGCUUUCUACUUAAUGGUGUUGAAAUCCCUUCUUAACACGUUAGCUCUGCUAAGGGGUGAAAUUGCGGGCAAGAACAAAAUAGAUUGUUCAUAUUAGAGUAUGAUUAAUAGAGAAUUUUUAGGAUGGAGUUCUUAGAAUAUAAUUAAUGGAAGGUUCUUAGGUUGGAGUUCUAAACGGAAUAUAAGAAUCUGUCUCUUAAUUUUUAAUUAAAAAGCUAAGAACUGGUUCUUAAAUAUGGAUUCUUAUAUUUCACUAAAAAUCCACCCUAAAAACUUCCAUUAAUCAUGCUCUUAGCGAACAUCCUAUACAUAAAUAGUCAUUCUGGUUUACUAGCUCGUAGUGCGCAUCUUAAAGAUGGCGUCCUUUGUCAGUUGUAAGUAGGUCAUAUUUGUAAGCACCACCAUGCCAAUCAUCGACACUGCACCGGCUACCAAUUAACCAAGAUUUGUCAAGAUGAAUUCCCGUUUUAUUACUUAAAUUGCUAAUACCUUGCUUCCACGAAUUCUAACAACCACAGCCGUAUUCACCACGUUUAAAUCAAUAAAAAUCUUUUUAAAUCCAUUCUGUGAUAUUAUUUAUUUCAGCUGGUGGAGCUUUUUUCAAGAUGCAUAAAUUUACAUGUUUCACACCCUUUCGUAUUUGUUCUACAAAUUAAACCUCUCAUUACUUUCAUUAGUUACUCUAUUUCUGGACUGAAAUUAACCAGCAAAAAUUCUCCUAAAAUGUCCCAAGAUAGAUUAACUCCAGCCAUGUCUGUAACAUAUCUCACUUAUUGUAAACAAAAUUUGGUUCAAUCAUAAUUAUACAUUUUGCUAUUUUAUAUGUCUUUGACCUGUGAGAAUCUAUAUAUCACUAACCGUUUUUACAUCAUACUCCCUGUUCCAAAGGAAGCGAGGUUUAUACUCAAGCCGUUCCUUUUUUAGGAGCCAAGUGAACAACGUCUAAUUACCAAAAUUCAUUGACCAUUUUCUUCUUCCAAAUGAAAUAACAAGUAAUUAGGAGUAAGGGGUUGUAGCUUUAGUAGGGCUUGAACUUGACAAUAAAACCAUUAUGAGCUGUAUAUUUUAACCAUUAAACGAUAAGCUCUUGUCCGAAUUUUUAUAUGCAAGACCGUGCUUGAUUUGCUAAGAAAGGGCAUUUUAAUUAUAUAUAUAUAUAUAUAUAUAUAUAUAUAUAUAACAUUAUAGGCAUCCAACCCCCAAAGAUGUUAUUCGUUGGAUUCGAAUAUUCUUAAAAAUGGUGUUCAAGAAGACUGCCACCCAUUACAGUGAAAAACGUUAGUUGUGGAGCUCUGCAAGAACGGAUGAUUAUGGUCUUAUGGACACUCUAAAUUUGAUCAUACAUUUCUUGUUUUUAGUUAAUAUUUUUAUAUCAGACAUGCCCAUGUGACCAUUUGACUCCUUGAGCAGACAUACCUGUUUGUAAGGAAUAUAACAUCUGUUUGACUCCGAUUUAACGAAGUUUAUUACCACAUACUAAUUUGUUAUGUAUUUUAACCUCUUCGAUAACACGAUCAUAUCGAUUAAACAGCUUUCGUUUACACUUUGUGGAUAAUUAAAUGACAUAAUAGAAUAUGCUUCGCGUGAUUAUAAUAAACAUUGCUCGUUCGCCUCCACCGAUCUCGUCUUUAGUUUUGACCACACCGACACACUGAAACGUAGGAAUUAAACUUCUUUUUGUUUUCUCUGUUCCUCUAUUGUUGUACAUUGUCCUCUUUACAUCUCUGUCGGGUAGCUAGAAAUAUCAAUUUUUCUGCCUAAUAAAUUUCAUCCAUUUAAUUCCCAACGGUACAAAGUUUGCACCCAUCUUGGGAAUGCAACUCAUGAUUAUGAUCUUUUCAAUGCAUACAUUUGUCGUCGGACCACUACUCCAUUAUUAUAUAAAUAAUUAUACAUUAUAACAUUUGGAUCAUAUUCUUAACUAAGCGAGGAAUAAACAGAGGAUAUAUCCAAGGGACAAGCAUGUGACAAUAUACCCAACUUAGUAAAUCCAAAACAUAAUUUGAGAAAAAUCUUAUAUGUAUACGUACUGCCUACCUAAAACAGGUUGGUUAUUUAUAUAAACUUUCCGUUUUGUAACUACAGACACCGUAUAUAGGUAUUUCGUUUGAAUGUAGUUCUAUAAAACAGCUAUUUCAUUUUAAUAUAUAAGAACAAAACAGCGAGAUAAAUAACGACAGAGACUGACUCUCACUCUUAUUACAAAUGAGCCAACGACACAGCACGCCCGUCAUCUUCAUCUUCCCUCCCCCUGCUCCAAAUCUCCACCUCAUUAAACACACUGAAAGAGAGAGAGAUGGAGUUUUCUGAAUAUAACACUCUCUGACCUUCUUGUCAUAUCACAAACAAAUCUCUCACACUCGUUUUUCCUCAUCGAAACAUUCUCUUUCUUCUUCAUAUUCGUCUUCUUUUUCUUUAUGGGUUGUCGAGAUGUUCUGUUAACUUUCUAUGUGGCUCUCUUGCUCAUCUUUCUGUUCCAGGUCUGGCUUUUCCGGGAAGGACAAGUCCGGGAACUGUCCGAAGACAACCACCUCGGAAGAGACAGAAACACUCUUGUCUCCAAGAACAAGAAGGACGACGAUGAUGUUCAACGGCUCUUUCAAAGGUAUUUCAAGGGAUCAUCCUUUGGUCUAAACAACAACAACAGCAACACUCGCUUUGAAGAUUCUGAUAGAAAAAUCCCUAUUUCCCCAGAUCCCCUACACAACUAGUUAGUUACUUUAGCUUCUUCUAUUUUUUUAUUUUCUUUUCAACUCUUAUUGUCCAAAACAAACCUUAUAUUUACCUCACUUUCUUUGUAUGUAUUUCUUAAAUGAGGACAUGUUCUGUUUAUCACUAGAGAAUAUUUUGAAGGCUUAAAGCAAUAAAUCACUAAAAUUUCAUAA